AGAGAGUUUGAAGAUUGGUUGGUAGACAAAAUUCGUAAACAAAUUGAAAUCAGACUUAUCAAAGUCAAGACUAUUAUAUUAAAGUACAUCUAAAUAUUACAUAAAAAAUGUUUCGGACUUUGCAACUUUGUUCGCGCAUUUUGAUGCGUAAGCAAUCAUUGCCAAUUCCGGUUCAACUAUCGGCGAAUUUCGUAACGGCGUUAAAAGGCGUGGAUGUAUCGGAUCCGAAAUAUACCAUGGAUCAAGUUAGGAGUGAGAUAAUACAGCACUUGGGUUUGGAAAGAGGCUACCAUCCCAUACCAAAAAGUCGUGAACAUUUACUAAAGUAUACGCCAAAACCAGAGGAUUUACCAGCACGUUCAAUGCAGGAUUCAUUCACAUCCGCACUACUUCCGUUAAGCACCGAUUUGAGAUUGCAGGAUAACUAUGUCUCCCACUUGGGAAACGUACGUAUGGGCCGUUUAAUGGAAGAUUUAGACGCGUUUGCAGUUUGGGUCUGCCAUCAGCACGUCAAAGUGCCCAACUUACCAGCGAAUGUUGAUCUCCCAUAUACGUUCGUUACUAUUUUGGUGGACAAGAUUACCUUUAGCAACUUGACAACGGAUGUCAAAGAAGAUAUACGCAUUUCCGGCCAUGUGUCUUGGGUAGGACGAAGUUCAAUGGAAAUUGUUGUUUGGUUGGAACAAAAGUACCAAGGCGUAUAUAAAAAGAUAACGCGUGCACUUUUUCUAAUGGCUGCACGAAAUGCUACUAAUACUGGAGCAGCUCCAGUCAAUCCCAUUACACCAGCUACGGAGGAAGAGAAACAGAUUCUUUCCGGUGGUGAGGCACGCAAAAAACGUCGCCAAUUGAUACAAGCGCAAUCUAUUUUUAAAGUGGAACCGAAUGAUUUCGAACAAAGUUUAAUGUAUGAUAUCUACAAGCGAACAACACACACUAACACCAUGGAGUUGAACAAACGAUGGCUUCCCUCAAAUGCACGUUGGAUGUCCGAAUGGAGUACAGUUACAACAAUACCGUCAUUCCCGGAUAAUCGUAAUGCACAUAAUACUGUUUUCGGUGGAUUUCUGAUGCGUUUAGCUCUUGAAAACAGUUGGACCGCUGCUUUCCUCUACUGUGGUAAUCGCCCCAAAUUGACGCAUAUUUGCGAUAUAAGUUUCGAGAAGCCAGUGCCAGUUACAUCCUUUAUAAAAUUGACCUCCUACAUUGUUUAUACCGAAAUGAAUUAUGUACAAAUAAUGACAGUUGCUGAUGUCUUAGACACAAGUGGUGGUCAAGUAACUACAAAUUUAUUUUAUAGUACUUAUAAAGCUAACGAUUCUGUACAUGAGAUAUUGCCACGAUCGUAUCAUGAGACUAUGUGGUAUAUACAGGGCAGACGCAAGUUUAAAUAUGCCUUAGGAUUGGAAUAAAUAGAUUAACUACAAUCUGUAGAAUCUCCUUAAAGAUGCUAAGCAUGAGAUAUAUUUAAGAAUGCUUGUUUAUUUAUAUUUUGAACGACUAUUGGCUAAUGUACCUACGAUUUUUUUUAUGCCAUUUACUAUUGUUUAUUUGUUUGACGUACAUGUUUACAGAUGUAUGCGAAAUCGAGACGUUAUAAAAAAUAAAGUGCAACAAUAUAAUGAAAUAUAAA